AUGCCAUCAAUGGACCCCAAAUGCACACCACUUAAGCACAGGUACGAUCAAUGCUUCAACUUGUGGUUUGACGAGUACCUAGAUCUUGCCGCCCCAGCCGCUACAGCGCCACCCGCCGCUUCGCGCCGGGCGGAAUUGCGGAAAAAAUACGACUCCUGCGCCGCGCUUUUUGAAGACUACAAGACCUGCGUCCGCGCCGCUGUGCGCGAACGUGACCUCGAACCGCUCAUUGCCGAAGCAAGGUGUUUCAACCCGUUCCCUUUCCCAAGCGGUGAUAACAAGGCCAGCGGUGGUGCUCAAUCUAGCAGCAACAAUCACCCUUUUCCGUUCCCCGCGAGCGAGAAUGAGAGUGGGAACGUUUAA